AGCCGCCGUAAGGGCAUACAUCAGUUGUAUUCUCAUCAACAAACCACCAACAUGAAAGCCUUCGUUUGUGUAGUCCUCCUCGCCGCCGCAGCGCUCGCAGCGCCCGAAGGCAAGCGCGACAAGCGCGGCUACCUGCUCGGAGGCUACGACCACUUCGACUCCUACGACCACGGCCUGACGCUCAACUACGGGCACGGCCACUUCGACCACGGCCACUUCGACCACGGCUACGACGCCCACUUCUACGACCACGCGCCUAUCAUCCACCACCACGCGCCUGCUGCCAAGAUUGUCUCCGUCAACAAAGUCGUUGAGGUUCCUAAGGUCGUUGAAGUAAAGAAGGUCGUAUCAGUCCCCAAGGUUGUGUCCGUCCCUCAAGUGGUGAAGUACUCCAAGAUUAUCGCGGAGCCCCACUACUCCUACGCGUCCUCCGGCUGGUGGUAACCUCACAACCAAAUUGUAGCAAUAAACUUAAUUUAAUCUAAA